AUGAGUAUAUCCGCAUAUUCUUAUGAAGCUGAUAGGGCGAAAAGAUUAAUUUUCGGUUCAUACACGUUUUCAUUUGAUGAUGAGCAUUUAAUAAUCACUGAUGGAAAAACUGAACAUUAUAUCUCAUGGAAAGAAUAUGAAAAAUUCAUUCCAAUAUUAACGCCAUGUACAAUGCCGUUUAUAAAAGACGGAGAAAUUAUUGAAAAAGAUAACACAACAGUAUAUAGGUCUGUUUAUGAAGCAUUAGAAUAUAUGUUGAAUUAUAAUCCCGAAAGAUUUGACCCAAGUACUACACUGUGUGCAAUGCCCUUUAUUAAGGAUGGUGAAAUCGUAAGGGUUCCGAAUUCAACGGUUUACGCAGCUGUCCAAAACAGUUUACAAAACAUUUUAGCGAAUAUCUUUAAUUCAGAAACUACAGAAAUAAAAUUACCGUAUAUAACAGAUGCUAAAGAAAUUAAAUCAAAAACAGCAACAUUAUUUACGUCACUUAAUGAUUUAAUGACUUAUAUAAUUAAUACUCCCCAGCCGACUACGGCAUUUGAUCCAAACUCGACGGUUUGCAGUGUACCUUUCAUUAACGACAGUUCAUUAAUUGAAUUAAGGGAUUCAACAGUUAAUGAAUCAUUAAAGGCUUCAUUAAUGAAAAUCAUUGAUUUUAACUCAUUCAUGAAUACAUAUAAUUCAUUCAUUAAUGUUUCAUACACUUCUAAAGAAGGUGAGCCAAAAACUAUUGAUACUGCGGUGUAUGAAAUAAAAGCAUCAAUGACGAAAUUGAAUUCGUUAACUUUUGACGGUGAUAGUUCCGUCAACAGCAUGACAUCAGGAAAAACGAUUUUAACGAAAGAAUAUUUAAAAUCUCAUGUUAGUGAGUUCAGUGAAAUUGAAAAAGAAGGCGGAAUUAAGUUCGAUCCACUGGGUUUCAUUUUCGACUUAGCGAAUGCGGGCGUUAGUUUUGCAGAAUGGACAACUAUACAGAGUGAAAUAAAUGCAAUAUGGACGUUUUUGGGGUCGAAAGCGGGAAUGGGUGAACUUGUAGAUGCUGCAAGAACAUUAGGUGAAACGGGAAAUUUUGUAGAUGGUUUUAAAAGACUUGUUUCAAAUGUUUUAACAAACACAAAGAAAUUAUUUAGAUAUACCGUACAUAACGGACAGAUUUUCGAACAGGUAGCAACAAACCCUCCGGUUAUGGCUGCGUUGAUGAUGGUUAGAGACAUAAACGAAGAAGAGGAGGAACUUCAGGAUACGGGUCAGGUUAUUCGAGACAUUAAAAACGUAUAUCCUGAAGUCAUUGAUUUAUUCAGAGGUGUUAAUGAUUCGAUUUCAAACCAUUCUAUAACCAUUGAUGAAGAGAAUAAAUUAACAGAUUAUAUAUUCGUCAUUAUUGCAGAACUAAUGAAGAGAAUAAACGAAAAAGGUAUUGAUGAUAUAAUUAAUGUCAGCGAUGUAAUGAUGAAAAGAAAUUUCCACUCAUUAUUUACAGAACCGAAAACAGAAUAUAGUCUUUAUGAUGUAAUUACUGAAUUAAUGAAAAAGAUUAAUGAUAAUAAGAAUUCUGGUGGAAGAGUUGAAUUAGAAGUGAAUGAUGUUAAUGAGAAAUUAGAUAAUAAAGCAGAUAAAAACCAUGUUCAUUAUAUAAGUUCAGAUGAACAGAUUAUAACGGACUAUCAUGGAUAUUUAACACAGGAUGAAGAAGUGAAUACGGAAGAUGUUAAUGAAAGAAGAUAUAAAUUCAUUCGUGCUGAAGGUUAUGACAUAAGAUGUGUUAUAAAUUAUGAUACAACAGGUAAAGCGCCAGAAGCAUUUGAUUAUAACGAUGAAAUUUAUGCUUCAUACUUCUUUGUUAACGAUGUAUUAGUUGAACCAAGAUUUACUUUGAUGGUUAAGUCAAAAAUAACUGUUGAAGAUGCGAUUAAAAAUAAAGCUGAUGUAAAUCAUAUGCAUCCUGAGUUAAAUCAAGAAAUAGUAAACUUAAGGCGUGAUUUAAUAACAGAACAUAACGACAUAAAUUCACUUCAAACUUCAUUAGACAGUAAAGCAGACAAAAAUCAUACGCAUGAAUCCUUCACAACUGUUAGAGCAGACGACAUAAUACUGAACUUUGACCUUGGUUCAAGUGCACCUUUAGAGAAUCCAAGCACUAGCGUAAAAGACACGCUUAACAGUUUAGAUAGUAAAUGUACGAAUAUCGAAGGUCAUGUCAGAAACUUUGAAACAUAUGAACUACCAGCCCUUUUAGAUAAAAAAGCAGAUAAAGAACAUACACAUGAAUUCUUCACAACUAUUAGAGCUGAUGAGAUAAUAUUGAAUUGGGCUAUUGCUUCAUCAAGCAUGCGUGAUGAAGAUAUGUGCACUAACCUAAAAGAUAUGGUUGUUGAUUUAGCCAAUAAAACCGACAAAAUAUAUGUAGAUGAAGAAUUAAAUCGUUAUGAUACAAAAGCAAUGAGUUAUACAGAAGAAGCAAAGGAAUGGGUAGAUGAAAAUUAUGUGAAGAAGUCAGAAGUAAAUGAUGCAGUUAAUGGUAAAAUUAAUGAAAGAUUUUCGAAUAUCGAUUCAAUAACAGUUAAUGAUAUUCAAUUACAUCAUCAAUUACCGGGUCAAAAGAAUGUGAAAUAUAAUAAUCUCACUAACAUUCUCGAUGGUUUCGAUGAAUUUAGAACUAAUGCAACAAAUGCAAUUGCAAGUAUGAAGAAUGAAAUAUUACAAGCCAUAUAUCCUGUUGGUUCUUUAUAUACAUCAAUGAACUCAACAAAUCCGGCAAGUGUUUUAGGUUUUGGUACAUGGCAGCAGAUUGUAGAUAAAUUCUUAUACUGUGCUAAUUCAUCAAAUCAAACGGGUGGUUCAAAGAAAAUUUUAGAAGCAAAUCUUCCACCGCAUAAGCAUACAGGAACUACAAACUUUUCAGGAUAUCAUACACAUACUUUCGAUGACCACUACGUAGCUAACUGGCAAAAAGAUUUUAACAGUGACAAUACAUUUAGACCAUUAGAUACUACAUGCAAAUAG